UAGUUAAAAGACAGAAGGGUGUCACUCUCUUUGUGUCUAAUUUGACUUGCCUUCCACUUCAAAUGAGUACCGAGUCUUGCUUCCUCUUCUAAGUUCUAGUCACUCCCCAAAUCUCUCCCUCCCUUCCCUGUAAAUUCACAGUUAUGCCAUCCUCUCCCAAGUUCUUCCACGCGCGCACUUCGCCGCCGGCAACGCCUCACACCAGAUCUACUCUCCUCAUCUUCGCCUCCCUCCUCACCUUCGCCAUUGUCUCUUUCCUCUUUGCCCUUUCUUCUUUCCUUUCCUCCGGUGGAUCCGGUUACCGUUGCCGGAACUCCGACCCUAGAUCCGUCCGUGUCAUUUGGGACAAAACUGGUCAUGGCAACAACGGUCUUUCCGCUGCUGGUGAUGAUGAUGGGACUAAGAGGCAUAAAAUAAUGGGCUUCGUUGGGAUCCAAACCGGGUUUGGCUCCACUGGUCGGAGACAGUCUUUGAGAAAGACGUGGAUGCCUUCUGAUCGUCAAGGCCUUCAACGAUUGGAAGAAGCAACUGGAUUAGCUUUUAGGUUUGUAAUUGGUAGAACAAAUGAUAAAUCAAAGAUGGCAGAGCUGAAAAAAGAAGUAGCAGAAUAUGAUGAUUUCCUUUUGUUAGAUAUUGAGGAGGAGUACAGUAAGCUCCCGUACAAAACGUUAGCAUUUUUUAAAGCUGCGUAUGCACUCUUUGAUUCAGAGUUUUACGUCAAAGCUGAUGAUGAUAUAUAUUUGAGGCCAGAUCGGCUAUCACUUUUACUAGUAAAAGAACGUUCUCACUCUCAGACUUACCUUGGUUGCAUGAAAAAGGGUCCGGUAUUCACCGAUCCUAAGCUAAAAUGGUAUGAGCCAUUAUCCUUUCUCCUAGGCAAGGAGUACUUUCUUCACGCCUACGGUCCAAUAUAUGCUCUUUCAGCUGAUGUUGUUGCAAGUUUGGUUGCUCUAAGAAACGACAGUUUUCGGAUGUUCAGUAAUGAGGAUGUGACCAUUGGUGCAUGGAUGCUUGCAAUGAAUGUCAACCAUGAGGAUAAUCGAGCAUUAUGUGAGCCAGAGUGUACGCAAUCAUCUGUUGCUGUCUGGGAUAUCCCCAAAUGUUCAGGGCUAUGCAAUCCGGAGAAAAAGAUGUUGGAACUUCAUCAGAUAGAUGCCUGCUCUAAAAGUCCAACUUUGCCAUCGGACGAUGAUUAGCUUAAUUGGCAAAACACAGAUUUUAUUAACAUGGAAAGGUGUCAGAAUUGUUUGUUCUGGUAAGUUGAUCUUAUUGCCCUCAGACAUAUCUCAAUUACCCCGUUCGAUCAUCGCAAGCCAUUUUUGUCUUCCGCCAUCGUUUUAGUCUGUAGUAUAUCAAGCUUUUUUUUCACUGACGAUGCAAGUUACCAAGAGAUUUUUACAAUACCAUUCUUUUGCCGUUACAUUUGAUCAAAAUGAAGGCUUACUUGGUUCUACUGUCUAUAUUGUAAUAUGUCCUAUGCUACAAAUUAGAAUUUGUGAGAGUGAAAUGACCCCUUUUGAUAUAAAGAAA